AUCGUGGAUGGGAUUGGUCACGUGAGCGCCCCGCCAGGAGAAGCAAGAUGGCGUCUGAGGGGAAGUUCCAGCCAAGCGAGCACCAGCACCUGCGCUACAACCCGCUGCGCGACGACUGGGUGCUGGUCUCUGCUCAUCGCAUGAAGCGGCCCUGGCAAGGGCAAGUGGAGGAGCCAGCCCAGGAUGACGUCCCCCGCCACGACCCAGGCAACCCCCUCUGCCCAGGGGCACAAAGGGCCAGUGGCCAGGUGAAUCCCAACUAUGAGGGUACGUUUGUCUUUGACAAUGACUUCCCUGCAUUGCAGCCAGAUGCCCCAGAGCCAGAUGCUGAUGGCCACCCCUUGCUCCGCGCUGCGUCUGCCCGAGGCGUGUGCAAAGUCAUGUGCUUCCACCCGUGGUCUGACCUGACGCUGCCCCUGAUGUCCUUGGCUGAGAUCCGCAAUGUUGUCGACAAGUGGACGGAGAUAGCCGUGGAGUUGGGUGCCUCUUACUCUUGGGUGCAGAUCUUUGAGAACAAGGGGGCCAUGAUGGGCUGUUCCAACCCCCAUCCGCACUGCCAGAUUUGGGCCAGCAACUUUCUUCCCAACGAAGCCUCCUUGGAAGACCGGACGCAGAAGCAGUACCUGGCUGAGCGUGGCGUCCCCAUGUUGCUGGAUUAUGCCCAGCUGGAGGCUGAGAGGAAGGAGAGGAUCGUGGUGGAAAAUGCCGAUUGGCUGGUGGUGGUUCCUUACUGGGCCACUUGGCCUUUCCAGACCCUCUUGCUCCCUCGGAGGCACGUUUGUCGGCUUCAGGACCUUCAGGAGAGCGAAAGGGACAGUCUGGCUUCCAUCAUGAAAAGGCUUCUCUCCAAAUACGACAAUCUCUUCCAGAUUUCCUUCCCUUACUCCAUGGGAUGGCAUGGUGCCCCGACCGGAUCGUACUUGGACACUGACUGCAGCCACUGGCAGCUCCAUGCACAUUAUUACCCACCUUUGCUGCGUUCGGCCUCGGUGCGGAAGUUCAUGGUAGGCUACGAAAUGCUGGCUCAGGCCCAGAGGGACUUGACUCCGGAGCAAGCUGCUGAGCGCCUGAGGAACCUGCCUGAAGAACAUUACCGCCUGAAAGAGAGGGACGCUUCCUAGCGCAAACCUUGGUGGGCUUCGGACUCUGACCGUUGGACGACCGCUGCAGUUUCCACCAAGGAGGUUUCCGCAGCCUGGACUCUCUUGCUAGCGCUUUCUGGCUCUGGUCAACCGCAACAGAUUGGGAUAAUUCUGCCUUGGGGUCUUAAUGAAGUUUUGUGAGUCUUGGUGCUUCCUCUAGUGACACAAGGCAUUUUUUGCAUCUCGCAAGGACUGUAAUUACCUUUUAUGUAAUUCAAGGAGUGGAAGUUCAGGGAAACUUUAUGCUCAAGGACAGAUUUUAAUGUUCCCCGUAUUUCCUUAGCUGUGCAUCCCCAGUGCUGGGGAGCUGAUGGGAUUGAUGCAAAUCUUUACAGAGAAAGAGGUGGAUGUGUUCAUUUGCCUGUCUCUCCAUUUUUGCAGGGGAUACAGGUACAACUCUACUGCAAAAGUGGAAAAACUGUGGUGGUGGUGGUGGUUGGGAGAAUGGGGUGCUAUUGCUGUAGUCCUGGGGGGCUACUCAUCAUCGUUCCAGGGAGAAGAGAAAGAAUGGGUCCUGAUCCACUUCGCUUGGCAUAUUUUGUUGUGUAAUAGUUGCAUGUUUUGUCAGAAAAAGAGUCUGGAGUUAAAAUUGCCGGAAGAAACAUCAACAACCUUAGAUAUGCAGAUGAUACCACUUUGAUGGCUGGAAGUGGAACUAGGAAAAUGGAUUUAUAUAUAUGUGGAA